CCGCGCCCGCUGCUGCCCGGCCUCGGGACGGACGGCGCUCGGACCCCCCCACGGCCCCCACGCAGCCCCCACCCGCAUUCGCCCCUGCACUGCCAUGUGCCUGGGCCCGCCGACUCACGGGGGGCAGCCAGGAAGGGGAAAAAAUCAGCCUGGGAGGGUGAAAUUUGUGUGUGGGAUGCCGAUUGUCAGCGGGCUGCCCCUUUGCAUCCGCCCCCGCGGGGCCGGGGGCCGCGGUGAUGGGCCGAGCGGUGCGGGGAGGCGAGAGGCGAGGAGGAGGAAGGGGCGAUGUCGGGUACAGGGUGACUACAAGUCCCAUGAGGCCGGGCGGUGAGGGGGGGUGGGGGGUGCGGGGAGAGGGGGAAGCACCGUGCGGGAGGUGCCGCGUCCGCCCCGCCCCGCGCCCCCCGCGCCCGCCCCGCGCCGCGCCCGCCGCGCCGCUCCAGCAUGCACGGAGGAUGCUCGGCUCUGGCUCAGGCAGAAAGGGGCCGGAGGGCAGGUACCCGCUGCACUACCUCGUCUGGCACAACCGCGCCCGCGACCUGGACAGGGAGCUCAGCGACAAGCAGGCCGACAUCGAGCAGCUGGACCCCCGAGGACGCACCCCGCUGCACUUGGCCACCACGCUGGGCCACCUCGAGUGUGCUAGGGUGCUGCUGAAGCAUGGAGCCGACGUGGGCAAGGAGAACCGCAGCGGCUGGACGGUCCUGCAGGAGGCCGUGAGCACCCGGGACCUGGAGCUGGUGCAGCUGGUCCUGCGCUACCGUGACUACCAGAGGGCCAUCAAGCGCCUGGCCGGGAUCCCCAUCCUGCUGGAGAAGCUGCGCAAGGCCCAAGACUUCUACGUGGAGAUGAAGUGGGAGUUCACUAGCUGGGUGCCAUUAGUGUCCAAGAUCUGCCCCAGUGACACCUACAAAGUGUGGAAAAGUGGCCAGAACCUGCGAGUGGACACCACGCUGCUGGGCUUCGACCACAUGACCUGGCAGCGGGGCAACCGCAGCUUCGUCUUUCGGGGACAAGACACCAGCGCAGUGGUGAUGGAGAUCGACCACGACCGGCGAGUGGUUUACUCGGAGACGCUGGCCCUGGCUGGCCAUGACCAGGAGGUGCUGCUGGCUGCUGUGCAGCCCACCGAGGAGCAGGUGAUGGGGCGGCUGACGGCCCCCGUCGUCACCACUCAGCUUGACACCAAGAACAUCGCCUUCGAGAGGAACAAGUCCGGGAUCCUGGGCUGGAGGAGCGAGAAGACGGAAAUGGUGAAUGGGUACGAGGCCAAGGUCUAUGGCGCGUCCAACGUGGAGCUGAUCACGCGGACACGGACCGAGCACCUCUCAGACCAGCACAAGGGCAAGAGCAAAGGCAGCAAGACCCCUCUGCAGUCCUUCCUGGGCAUCGCCGAGCAGCACAUAGGGCCCAACAACGGGACGCUGAUCACGCAGACGCUGAGCCACGCCAACCCCACCGCCAUCACCCCCGAGGAGUACUUCAACCCCAACUUCGAGCUGGGCAACCGGGACAUGGGGCGGCCCAUGGAGCUCACCACCAAGACACAGAAGUUCAAGGCAAAGCUGUGGCUGUGCGAGGACCACCCGCUGUCCCUCUGCGAGCAGGUUGCCCCCAUCAUCGACCUCAUGGCAAUAAGCAACGCGCUGUUCGCCAAGCUGCGGGACUUCAUCACCCUGCGCCUCCCGCCCGGCUUCCCCGUCAAGAUCGAAAUCCCCAUCUUCCACAUCCUCAACGCCCGCAUCACCUUUGGGAACCUCAAUGGGUGCGACGAGCCCGUCAGCUCCCUGCGGCACAGCCCCAGCAGCGAGGCCCCUUCGCCCAGCAGCGACUCCUCCAGCGUCAGCAGCUCCAGCUCCCUGACCUCGUGCCGGGCGUGCGAGAUGGACCCGGCCCUGUUCGAGGUGCCGCGGGGGUACAGCGUGGUGGGCACCCACCAGGACGCCCUGCGGGAGGACGAGGACGACCUGCUGCAGUUUGCCAUCCAGCAGAGCCUGCUGGAAGCAGGCAGCGAGUACGACCAGGUCACCAUUUGGGAAGCGCUGACCAACAGCAAACCCGGCACCCACCCCAUGUCACACGAGAGCCGCCGAGGAGACAGGUCGGUAAGGUCCUGCCAGCCUCCCCGGGGGGAGCGGGCACAGCCCCCCAGGGACCCCGCUGAGCCCCUGCUGCCCCCCAGGACUCCCCAGCACACGGCAGCCCCCCGGCCCCCCGUCAGCCCAGCUCCAGGGGGGGGCGGGGGGGGGCCCAGCGGCCUGUUCCCCAGCUACGCCGAGCAGCUGCGCUUGGCCAUGGCGCUGUCGGCGCGCGAGCAGGAGGAGGCCGAGCGCCGGACGCGGCAGGAGGAAGAGGAGCUGCAGCGGAUCCUGCAGCUCUCGCUGACGGAGAAGUGACCCCGUGCCCCCGUUGAGCCCCCCCACGCCCCACCCCAAAGGGUGCUGUGUAUGGGGGCACGGAGAGGGGGAGAGCGGGGUGUAGGGGGGGUGGGGAGCCAGCCCAAGCACUGCGGAGGGUGAAUGGGGAGAGGGGUUCAGGAUUUGGCCCUGGAAGGGGGGAGAUUGUCCCCCAGAGCUGAGGUGGUACUGGGGGGGUGGGGGGGGGCACCCCACAGCAGGACAAGGUGGGGGACAACCCUGCAGCUGGGGAGGUAAAGACCAAGGGGGCAACCCCAUAGACUGUAACCCACCCCUGGGACAGCCCUUGCCCCCCACAACCACUCUAUGGGGUGCUGCUCAGCCCCUCACCCCAGGAAGGAAGGUGGGGGGCACAUCCUGCCCCAGAUAGGGGAGCUGCCAGUUGUGUGGGAUCCCGGGGUGCCCCCAGAGCUGGGGUCUCAGCCCAGCCCCUCUUCCCCCCCUGCCCAGGCGCUACCAAGUGCACUUACCCGGGAGCUGCUCUGCCUGCCAACGGGGGUGGGGGGCUCAGCCCCAUUGCACCCCACAGCCAGCGCAGGGCCGCACAGCCCCCCCACACCCCACUGCGGGGGUCGGCUGGGGCAGCCGAGGGGGUGCCUGUGAAAGGCAGCUCGGUGUCACCUCCCUUUCCCCCUGCUCACACCCCCCACCCCCGCUCGGAUGCCCCCCCCUUGGCAGCGCUGCACCCCCUCGUCCCGGGCACCGACCCCGAGAGAAACCUUACGUCAAAUGGUGCUAACCCCCGGCCCCCCCCGCCCCGGGCUGCUCCUCCUUUGCACACGGGGGGCUGGGGGCUGCGGGGGGGGUGCUGGGCUCACUCCCCUGGGACUUUUCGUAGCUGGUGUCCCCCCUCCAUCCCCCCCUCAUGCACCCCACAAGCGACGUCUGGGCCAGGGCCGAGGGAGCCUGAGCAGCUCCCACUGCGGCCAACACCAAUAAAUGCUCUUUAAUGUU